AGGAUGCUGGGAUAUAUUUAGGAUGACGAGGAGGCGGAGCUCUGACGUCAUAGUUUUAUGUGGGUUUUUUUCCUCGUAGCUCCGCAGUGCCGCUGAGUGAGCUGACAAACCGCUGGAAGUGGCAGGAAGGACUUCUACUUUUACACUUCUCGAUCCUUCUUCUUCCUCUUCUUCUUCUUCCUCUCCUUCCUCCUCCUCUUCCUCUGUCUCUCUUUCUCUCUUGUCUUUGUCUCCCAUGCAAAGUCCUCCCCGCGGCACCGACGCAGACAGCGGGCCUUCCUGUAGCCGACGCCCCGGCCUCCCUCUACCUCCGGCCGGCGGAGCCUCCCAGCUGAGCCCCGCCGAGGUGGCCUGGUUCCCCCCCGGAGGGGGGAGGGGAGGGAGCGGGCGAUGCUGUAGGAGCGGCCCCGGCGGAGGAGAUGCUUCUUCCGGACUGAAGAGGAGCCGAAAAGAAGCGGAGGGGUGACGCGGAAAGAUGUCCGGCAGGAUGCCCCUGGCCCCGGUGAGCGAGAGAGAGUCCGAACAGCUGAAGACUUCAGAAAGCCUCCCCGAGCCGCCGGCCCCACCCACCAAAUCAGCGAGCCGCCACAGCCUGCCGCCAUGUCGCAGCGCCGUGACGUCGGUCGCGGACGAACAGCCGCACGUUGGCAACUACCGCCUGCUGAAGACCAUCGGCAAGGGCAACUUCGCCAAAGUCAAACUGGCCAAACACACUCUGACGGGCCGAGAGGUCGCCAUCAAGAUCAUCGACAAAACUCAGCUGAACCCCACCAGUCUGCAGAAGCUCUUCAGGGAGGUCAGUGUGAUGAAGAUCCUCAACCACCCCAACAUCGUGAAGCUGUUUGAGGUGAUUGAGACGGAGAAAACUCUGUACCUGGUGAUGGAGUACGCCAGCGGAGGGGAAGUCUUUGACUACCUGGUUGCUCACGGACGAAUGAAGGAGAAGGAGGCCCGAGCCAAGUUUCGCCAGAUUGUGUCUGCAGUGGAGUACUGUCACCAGAAGAGGAUUGUACAUCGGGACCUCAAGGCCGAGAACCUGCUGCUGGACGCCGACAUGAACAUCAAGAUCGCCGACUUCGGCUUCAGCAACGAGUUCACGCUCGGCAGCAAGCUGGACACGUUCUGUGGAUCUCCUCCGUACGCCGCUCCUGAGCUCUUCCAGGGGAAGAAGUACGACGGGCCGGAGGUGGACGUCUGGAGUCUGGGAGUGAUUCUGUACACGCUGGUCAGCGGCUCGCUGCCCUUCGACGGACAGAACCUCAAGGAGCUGAGGGAGCGCGUUCUCAGAGGAAAGUACCGGAUUCCCUUCUACAUGUCGACGGACUGCGAGAACCUGCUGAAGAAGCUGCUGGUGCUCAACCCGGGGAAACGAGGCAGCCUGCAGCAAAUCAUGAAGGAUCGAUGGAUGAACGUCGGCUACGACGAGAAGGAGCUGAAGACGUACAACGAACCGGAGCAAGACUUCAACGACGUCAAGCGCAUCGAGCUGAUGGGGACGAUGGGCUUCCCUCAGGAGGAAGUGACGAAGGCGCUGGACGGCCAGAAGUACAACGAGGUGACGGCGAUAUACCUGCUGCUGGGGAGGAAACCCGCUGAGUGCGAAGGCAGUGAGUCGUUGUCCGGCAGUAACCUGGUUCAAAGGUCACGACCCAGCAGCGACCUCAACGGCUCCAGUCAGUCCCCCGCCCACUCGCGCAACGCAUCGACCAAUCAGAAACAGCGGCGUUUCAGCGACCACGUGGCGCCCUCCAUCCCCCCGCCCGUCUCCUACACCAAGCGCGGUCACGCCAACAGCGUAGAGAGCGACAGGAAGGAGGAGCCGGCGUCGCCCAUCAGAGCUCCGGACCGCAGGAGGUCCGCCACUGCAUCAGGGAACAUAACUCGGAGGAACACGUAUGUGCACGAGAGGACGAGCACUGAACGCCACUCGGCUGCCGUUCCCAACGGGAAGGACAGCAGUCUACCCGAGGUACCGGCAGCGUCUCCAUCCCCGUCGCCGGGGGCAACCAUCUCGUCCGCACGGCCCCGUCACGUCAAGUCCAUGUCGGCGUCGGGACACCCCAUGAAGUCCUGCCUGCCCCCCAUCGACGACAACGCCGAGUACCAGAGCCCCCCACAGCAGCCUCCGUCAUCGCCCUCCGCCUUCAGCGUCACCAGCAGCAGCAGCACCACCACUCCGGACCGGACCCGGUUCCCCCGCGGCUCCUCCAGCCGCUCCACCUUCCACGGCGCUCAGCUCCGGGACCGACGGUCCGCCACCUACAACGGCCCGCCGGCCUCGCCCAGCCUGUCCACGCACGCCGCCGCCUCUCUGGCCACGCCCCGCCGCGGCACCUCCACCUCCCUCAUCGGGAAGAUCACCUCCAAGUUCGUGCGCAGGAGUUUAUCCGGUGAGCCCAAAGAGGAGGGCCGGGAGUCCAAGCCGCGCGCCCUGCGCUUCACCUGGAGCAUGAAGACCACGUCCUCCAUGGAGCCCGGGGACAUCAUGAAGGAGAUCCGGAGGGUCCUGGACGCCAACAACUGUGACUACGAGCAGCGCGAGCGCUACUCGCUGUUCUGCGUGCACGGCGACGCGCGGCAGGACAGCGUGGUCCAGUGGGAGAUGGAGGUGUGCAAGCUGCCCCGCCUCUCGCUCAACGGCGUCCGCUUCAAGCGCAUCUCCGGCACGUCCAUCGCCUUCAAGAACAUCGCCUCCAAAGUGGCCAAUGAGCUCCGGCUGUGAACAGCUUAGCCCCGCCCCCUCGCCCCCCCCCCUGGUGGCUGACUGCUGUAUGACUCAGAGGAAACACGUUAUUAUACUCGACACACUUACUAUUUAAUGUUUCUCACUAAAUGUUUGCCAGUGAAACCAAAUAUUAAAGCUGACGGUGCAGAUAUUCAGCAGGUUGUGGUCCCCCCCCCCCCCCUCCCUCGGUGAUGAGACCCCGAACAAACACCAGGGCUAAUGAGGGUGUUUCCAUCUGUCGAGACUUUGUUGGUUUAUCACCGUUUACGUGCACUUCAGAGUUCUCCAACGCCUUGGAACCCGAGUUUGGAACCGUGUCGCGGAACGAGGGUCAAGCGGAUCGGAGCCGGGGGCACGAGGGGAAAAAAAAAACAACAACAAAAAAACACUUUUCAUGGUCAACGAGCCCGAAUGGUGACGUGGAGACAAAAACUCUGUGAUCGGUGCAUGUAAAACGUAUUAUCAGAUAUCAGAUUUAUAUUUUUUUUGAUUUUUUUUUUUGUUGCUAACGGCGAUCCGGAGUGCAGGUAAACGGUCAGGGAAACACGAACCUCCGCUGUACCUGUGCAACUCUCCCGGUGCACGAGUAGAAUUUGACAUGCAGCUAAAGAUAUAGUAAUUAAAAUGUAUUAUUUACUUUUGAAGUUUUGGCCCCAAAGGAAGAAUAAACUAAACGAUUCGGCGCUUUCCAUUUAGUCGACGCCCCCCACAGCGUGACAUGACAGCGGAGAAUAUUCAGAAUUGGUUUUUUCCAGCCCAGAAGAAGCGUGAGUGACCUUUUCGUGACCUUAUUGACCCACAUCGGUCCGACUAACCUGGACCCUAAACAGUCUGUUGUCCUUUGGGGCCUCUGCAGAUUGAAUUGAGUUAUCGGCUGCGUUCUCUUAAGAAGGAAGACGUUCAUAUUUAGGGCUCAUCGUCUCUCUCGCGGCGUUUGAAAACAAACCCGUCAUAUUAAACAUCACGUAUAUGGAAAGACCCUCCACCAAACUCCAUGAAAACACACACUCGGAUGUUUUUUUGGUAUUUUAAAUGCCGCCGUUUUUUGUAUUCUUGUUUUUGUUUUUGUUUUUUUUGCAGCAGAUUUUCCAGUUGCGCCGUUUGAGUUGCACAGUUUACAGUCGAGGGAACGAAGUGCGACGCACAAUCAGUGACAACAUCCUCCCUGUUUUGGUUGCACGGCCCCCCCCGUGACCUCUGACCUACCCCCCCCCCCCCCCCCCUGCUGGGUGAUGUUAAUACUAUGGCAAUAAAACCGGAGCUCUCGGUCGACGAUGUCAGCGGUUCAAACAACAAACUGUAAAACAUUUACAGCUGAAUAUGUGUUUUUUUUAAUUAUUUUAUUGUUGUCGCUGUAUAAAACCAUACCUGUGCAGGUGAAUAUGUGCGGGUGCAGUAUUGAUCAGUCUGUUUUUUUUUUGUUUUUUUUUUAUUUGGUCCACACUGUCGACUUUAUUCUUAUUUCUUUUCGAAGCUUUUUAACAGUGAGGACAAAAAAACGCACCCGGUUCAAAACCUAAA